AUGAAGCCAAAGAAUUCAUUUCACAUACACAAGCGUCUCCGAAAUGCAUUCUCGUCUCUGUGGCGACGUCUGCACAAGGCGAAGCAGUUCGCCAGCAACAUCAUCCGCCGCCCCGCCGGCCCCCAGACCGACGACAUUGAAAUGCAAGACCUCUUCAACUCACAGAUUCGAUGGCCUCCUCCCGAGAGAAACCUGCCACUCUGGAUGCGUCAUGGACGCCCCGAGAUGCCUCCAAUUCUCGUCCAUGUUGAAUGUGAUGAUCUAAUUCCGUGCCAUAUCCGCCUUGCACCACAUGAGGACCUAUGGCCCUAUGUCCACUGCCGGGGCUGCGACUGCGGUGCGAAAUCGGGGUAUGUGCGAUGCCUAUGCAUUGAAUGUACCUUUUUCCACGGUGUGAAUGUGUGGUCCCCAUGUCUGGAUGCUGCUCCUAUUUCUUUCUGGGACAGAAAGCAAGAGCGGCUGGCCCGAGUCCUUGAUCCUCGGUGA